AUGUUGAAGAUAGCAGUUUUUUUGUUCAUCGCUAGCGGAUGCGCCACCGCUAAUUACAGAAAUGAUGGGUUUGUUCCCAGUCCAACUUACCAAAGGACCGAAGAUCAACUCUCAGAACCGUCUGCAAGGGUCGAGCAAAGUAGAGACGAAGAUAGGCCGGAUAGGACUCAGAGAUUUGGGAUAUCUUCUUAUGGAAGUACGGGUUCCUUUGGAGGUUCAGCGCCAGGAAUAUAUUCACCUGUAAAAAUUGAUUUAGGAGGAGUUCUCAUUGGAUCUAUUCUAGGCUUUGGAGCUGUAAUAAUUCUACCGAAGCUAAUUCAUGCUUUCUCCUAUGGUUAUGGAGGAUACGGAAGAAGCGCCGACACAGAUUUGAAUCAAGUAUCGGAUAUGAUAAGUCGAUUGGACGAAUCCCUUACGCGUUACAACAUAGAUUCAUCUUCGUGUAUGCAACGACUUGCUUGCUCCUACGUCCAACUCGCAAAUGAGAACAUGUUGACUGGCAAUGCAACUGACUUCGAUGGAAUGUUGGCUAAUUUAUCAAGUAAUUCGUUAGUUCGUCGUAUGUUAGAUGGGACAUCGAUCUACGAAGCGAUCUCAGCCGGCAAGUCUUUGGACACCGAUUGUCAGACACUCUACCCUAAAUGUAAAAUAGACAAAAAAACAGUCGUAAAAAUGAUCACACAAUUGGUGCCUUAA